AUGCAAUUGAAUUACAGUACACAUCUCUUCCCCUCCCUUUUUCACCAUCCUAGACAAUGUCUACUCAGUUGGUUUAGUCUUAGCGUUAGAGUCUCUUUCGCUUCAUCAGCUCGCACGAAUCUCUCUGCGGUUAUAUUUGGAUAUCUGAUCUACUCACAUUGUGUCCCUUGUUUCUGUUCGUUUUGUCAGGGUCGAAUCCCGAUCACUCUCGACACGCUCGCCUCGCCUUCUGUUCGUUCGCUCGUCCGUUGGUCUCCAUCAUUUCUUUUAGGAUUUGCGUUUUCUUCUCUCUUUUGUUUAGCUUCUGAUGCCCCACUCGCUCUACGUACGCACCUCGGUAUUCUAGAGUUCUAUGCUCCAAUAAUGGUACUUCCUGUUCCUUGUUUUCCUCCGACGGCGUCAUGGCUGCUAUAA